AUGGUCGCAGAGGAGAUUGUGGUCUCCCUCUCUGGUGGUUCUCCAUGGGGGUUCAGGCUUCAAGGAGGAAAAGAGCAGCAACAGCCUCUACAGGUGGCAAAGGUACGCCGGCGCAGCAAAGCAUGCAGAGCAGGGCUGAAGGAGCAAGAUGAGCUGGUUGCCAUCGGCGAGCAUUCGUGCACCAAUCUCAGCCACGCCCAAGCCAUGAGUCUCAUCGAUGCUCAGAAUUCUACGCUGCACCUGAGGGUCAAACGGUCCCCUUCUUAUCCGGCCCGCUGCUCACCUCCACUUCUCUCUGUGACCUCCGUUGAUCCCAACGGGGUCACUUCGCCGCCAGACAGCGAGGCCUACUACGGCGAGACGGACAGCGAUGCCGACACGCGCUCGCACGCCCACCGUCGCCAGCGGCGAACGUCUCCGCACGCCCGCUCACCAGCACGCUACGACAACCAUGGGGAGGAGGAGGAGACAUCUGAGAUGAGUGGCUAUGAGAGUGCAAAUGAAGCAGCGGGUGGUCCACUGCAAGGGCAGUGGCACGGCGUUCCACACAAGGACUUCAUCUACCAGCCACCCCAGCUGGGAUGGACCACACCUGUGCACAGUCUCACCCCGCACUCGGUCACCCCCACCCCUGAGCGAGCCCAAGGAGAGACCGAGGGUGAAGGAGACAGCGGCUUCCAGGAGGCAGGGGCCUGCAUCUGCCCGCCUCUAGUGUCUCCCGAGCGGGCCAAGGAAGCUCUGAUGCUGGGAUCUAGCAGUCAACUGGUGCCCAUGGUGGGACCUCAGCAGGGCCCUGUGAGUGAGGAGCUCGCCGCCACCUACAUGGAUAAAGCACGACAAGCUAAGCUACAGCGCGGGGAGAGUUUGGUGGAGAAGCAGGUAAAAGAAGCUCGCACCAAAUGCCGUUCCAUCGCUUCAUUGCUGACUGAUGCACCCAACCCAAACUCCAAAGGAGUGCUCAUGUUCAAGAAGCGGCGGCAGAGAGCCAAGAAGUACACGUUGACCUGCUUCGGCAAGGCUGAGGAAGACCAAGGGGGUGAAAGCACCGAGGGGGAGACGGAGGAGGAAGGAGGGAGCUCCAUUCAGAGUUCUGAAGUUGACGAGGAGGGUUUCUCAGCCUCGUUUGACCCUACCUGGGAUAGCGGUUAUUUAGACCUGCUGGACAGAAGGAGUGCCGCCUGCCCCCCGACCACACCAUCAGCAACGAAUAACAACAGCCCAGGAGGUGAAAAAUUGAGCUUUGAGGCACCUGUAAGUCAAAUUCCAAGCUUGGAAGUGUUCGGGCAGGAGACCAUGAAGCAACUGGACGCGCCGAAGUCUUCUGCUCCGGAGGUGCCCCUUGUCAACGGUUGUCCAGUUUCUAUAAGCCGGGCUAGUGUUACACUAAGCUCACCUCCUCUGACACCCCCACUAAAUAAUCAAAAUGGCCCACAUGUCAAUGUCAGCCCAAAUCCAAACUUUGACAACCAUUCAGUUCCAGCUGCGCUCAAUCGCACAGCUCGCCCCUUCACUCCUGGCCCCACGACACCCUGCUCGUCAGUGACCUCCGUGAUGUUCCGACCUCCCCAGCCCAAACCAGCAGCGGCUGUCUCCAUGGUCACUAUCGCGCCUACUCACUAUCCGUCUGUGGAUGGGAGGAGAGCGGUGUCUAGCACCUCCCUUUACAUCCCGCCUCGGAACAAUGGCGUCUCCCCCUCGGUCAGCUCCUCAGCCCUCUCACCCCCCUCAUCUUUGUGUCCUUCCAUUCCAGUCACUCCUCAACCUGCACCUGCCCACCCUGCUCAAUCUUUCUCCCCUCCUCAGCCAUUUCAUUCUCCCCCUUCCUUUCAUCCAACACCCUCACCUGGAAUGUCUCCCAUCUCUCAGGUCCAAGUUUCCGUUGUUCCCCCGAAUCAAGAUUCCACAGCCGCUCAUCCCAUGAUCCCUGCUCCCAUGGUGACUGCGCCGACCCCUCAAACCUUAGCCCCAGAUUCAUUGGGUUCUCGUGAGCAGCGAAUCUCAGUGCCCGCUGCGCGUACCGGUAUCCUGCAUGACGCUCGCAGUCGCAGCAGCAAGAAGCCAAUGUUCAGUGCCAUCCGCAGUAAAGACGUGUCACCGAACCCUGCCCUGAUGUCCAUGGUGCAAAACAUGGAUGAUCGCUUUACGAGAACCACAGCUGCAGAGUCUGCCGUUGUAUCAAGUUGCGAAGCUGGCCACGAGUCUGGGCCUGAGGAGGACUGGUUACGCCUGGGAGCCGAGGCUUGCAACUUCAUGCAGGCUCAGCGAGGAUCAAGGCCGCCACCAGUGGCCCCAAAACCGCAUACCACUCAAGGGCCUCAGCUGGCAGGAAAAGGGGGUCAGCUGUUUGCCCGCAGACAGAACCGAAUGGAUCGUUAUGUCGUUGAGCGGAGUCCCUCCGCCGCUCCGGGACUGUUCUCUCCUUCCCAGACCAGAGAGCCUUCACCCACGCCAUCCCUGCCAGCUACCUGGAAGUACUCCUCCAACAUCCGUGCCCCUCCUCCAAUCAGCUAUAAUCCACUCCUGUCACCCUCCUGCCCUCCAAAAGCCCAGAAGAAGGCAGAGGUGACAAAGUCUGGAUCAGCUGGAACAAAAGGGAAGAAAUCCACCAAAAAUCAGGUGGAUGUCAUGAAACACCAACCCUACCAGCUCAACUCAUCUCUGUUCACAUAUGGUGGGUCCCAAGACUCUUCCUCCGGUCCGCAGCAAGGUGGUUCUCAGAAGACGGCAAGAGUUUACGAGGUGAAACGCUACUCCACACCACCUCCAACAGCCACCAGCCCUGCCCUGAAGGUGAUCGUUCCUCGAUCUGCCACGACACUUGGAGAACCGCUUUGGCGAUCUGACAUUGCCUCUCCGCCUCCCCAAACAGCCUAUCACCCCCAAACACCUCCCACUGCUUACCAAUCACAGUGGUCCCCUGGGCCCCUAUCCCCUCCAAUACCCCCUGCGCCCACAGCUCCCCUCCCUCAACUCCCUACCUUCAUCUCACCUCCAAAUGCCGUCCAGUCUCCCAUGUUCUCCCAUCUCCAGCCUCAACAAGCUGAUAGGCAGUUUAAGAGCGCCCCAGAUCUUAGCCCUCUCAGAUCCACUGCACCCACCCCACAGGCGUCCACAGGAAGCCAGUACAGCAGGGUUCCCAGACCCCGAUUCAGCACCUCCAACCUGGGACUACAACCUUGCGUGUGGCGCCCUGGGUCCACUGCUAAUUAA